AUGAGUUAGUAAGAGGAUGAUGAUAUGAAACUCUUAAGUUGUAGUAAUUGUGGAGAAUAUUACCCUAACUGUGGAAUUAUAGAACACUUAUAAAGUUGUCUUUUAGAAGGCCCAUAGGUUGAUUGCAGAUUUUGUGGAGAGAUAAUAUUUUAGAAAAAAAUACAAUAACAUCAAUAGAAUUGCAAGGCAUUUGCAUUUUAAGAAUAAGAGGAUGAUGUUUGUGAAUUUUGUUAAGAGAAAAUAUUUAAACAAUUUAAAUAAGACCAUUAUUUGGAUUGCCCUUUGAAACAAGUUGCAGAUACUUACUAAUUUUAAUCUACUCAUGAAUGUUCAAUAUGUUUAAUAGAUAUUGGACCUUUAGAUGAAAAAGGAAUUCUAUAAUGUUGUCAUAUCUUCCAUCAAAAAUGUCUUUAAGGAUGGCAACAAAAAAGUAAAGAAUGCCCAGUCUGCAGAUACAAUUGA